AUGCCGAUGUCGACAGGAGCGCGAGCGCUGUACGUGGCGCUCGUAGUCGUGGUGUGCGUCGUGUUCUUCUUUGAGCGCUCGCACAAGAAGGCGCAGGCCGACUUGCCCUCCCCAGCUCCGCCAGGAGCAUACCGGCAGCGUCUGGUUGCGGUCGGCGAUCUGCACGGCGUGCUUCAGAUGGCGGGCAUCAUCGACGACAAGCACCACUGGAAGGCGGGCAGCGACAUUCUCGUGCAGACCGGCGAUGAGAUUGAUCGCGGCACGUACGCGCUGGAUAUCUACAAGCUGUUCCAGCGCCUCCGGACUGAGGCAGACGUUGCGGGCGGCCGCGUCGUGAGCAUUCUCGGCAACCACGAGUUCAUGAAUGCACUCGGUGACUGGCGCUACGUCACGAACGCCGACAUCAAGCACUGGGGCGGGUACAAGCAGCGCAUCGCCGAUAUGGAGAGUACGGGCUGGCUGGGCGCCGAGUGGCUCGCAAACUAUUCCGUUGCGGCCAAGGUCUCCAUGUCUCCCUAUGAUGUCUCGCCGUCGUACUCGUUUAGCCACGGCAGCCUGAGCCCGUACUUCCCCUUUCUGACCCCGUUCCCUCAGAAGAUCAACGAGCUCGGCCACUCGCUCCUCGAGCGCGCCCUCACCCCGCCAAUGGCCAAGCCGCACCCGCCCAACCAGUACGAGGGUCUGCCGAAGGGCACCACGCCGGAGGAGGCUGAGCUGUACUCUCAGCGCGGACCGCUGUGGGCCCGUGGCCUCGCCCAGAGCCCCGACGAGAAGCAGGUGUGCAAGCAGGCCAACACGAUCAGGGACAAGAUCGGCGUCAGGCGCAUCAUUGGCGGGCACACGCCGAACUUUGAGCACAUUGUGUCGAGGUGUAACGGCGACGUGAUCGUCAUCGACACGGGCAUCUCGUACGCGUAUGGCGGCGUCCUCUCCGCGCUCGAGAUCAUCUACACCCUUGACCCGGUCAAGGACGGCGGCGAGAUGCUCGCUGGCCAGCGACCGUUCGUCGUGGGUGGUGCCGCCGCCGACGUCGAGGGUCUCGGAGUUCUUGUCAAGGGCAAGGAGUACCACGAGCGCGAGGAGGUGUUCGCGAUCUACGAGCACCGGAAGCAGCGUCUCGCGGACGAGAAGCGCACUGUCACACUGUCAUGA